AUGGCGAUAUCGUUGCUUCCUCUUGUUCGUUGCUAUUCCCACCUUACGCUUGGUGUCAACAGAGGGCAAGUUUGGUUUCAAGACGUUGGCUGGUUUGGCGUUUUGUUUCGGCUCAACAACACCACUUCCAGUAACCCACACUUUUUACAAUGGAAAGAAGAGCCAUAUUGCCAAAAGUUGAUGGAUGCUCCCAGUGCGAGUAACCUGGAUUCGCGUGGUCUUUGUCAAAUCAUCCGCACUCCAACCAUUGAGCCAAGUCUCUACCGACCAAUGCAGCACUAUGACCUUCGUGCAACUGAGGACAUGCUUAUGUCACCUACAAAAAGAUCACCUUUCAAGUGGCAGGUGGAUUUAUCAGCAUCACUUCGACUCAGUACUCCAAGAUACUUGACCACCUUAUCAGUUCGAUUCAUCAUGACAAGAAUUCUCACGCCCGCUCACAUUUAA